CAGUUACUUAAAAGAAUGCAUGUCUGUUCAUUGCAGGUCGACCUCACACGCACCUUCACCUUCCGUAACUCCAAGCAGACAUACACAGGAAUUCCCAUUAUAGUGGCAAAUAUGGACACUGUGGGGACGUUUGAAAUGGCUGUGGUUAUGGCAAAACAUGCAAUGUUCACUGCAAUUCACAAGCAUUAUUCUCUGGAAGAAUGGAAACUGUUUGCUGCCAAUCACCCAGAAUGCCUUGAGCAUGUAGCAGCAAGCUCAGGUAGUGGACAAGAAGAUUUGAAAAAGUUAACAAGUAUUCUAGAGGCCAUUCCAGCUAUCAAAUACAUCUGCCUGGAUGUGGCAAACGGCUAUUCAGAGUAUUUCGUGGAGUUUGUGAAGUCCGUCCGUGCCCUGUUCCCACAUCACACCAUUAUGGCAGGCAAUGUGGUGACAGGAGAGAUGGUAGAAGAACUUAUUAUUUCUGGAGCAGAUAUUAUUAAAGUGGGUAUUGGACCAGGUUCUGUGUGUACCACUCGGAUUAAGACAGGGGUGGGCUAUCCACAGCUAAGUGCUGUUAUUGAGUGUGCAGACUCAGCACAUGGCUUGAAAGGACAUAUCAUCUCUGACGGAGGAUGCAACUGCCCAGGAGAUGUCGCCAAAGCGUUUGGAGCUGGUGCUGACUUCGUCAUGAUUGGAGGAAUGUUUGCAGGCCAUGACCAGAGUGCUGGAGAAAUUCUAGAAAGGAACGGGAAGAAGGUGAAACUAUUCUAUGGAAUGAGCUCUGAUACAGCCAUGAAGAAGCAUGCAGGAGGGGUUGCUGAAUACAGGGCUUCAGAGGGCAAGACUGUGGAGGUGCCAUACAAAGGGGAUGUGGAACACACCAUCCUGGACAUCCUUGGGGGGCUGCGCUCCACCUGCACCUACGUGGGAGCUGCCAAACUCAAGGAACUGAGCAAGAGGACGACGUUUAUCCGGGUCACCCAGCAGCACAACGAGGUCUUCUCCUAGCCUAGGCCUGGGGGGCUGGAGAGGGGGCUGGGGAAGAAGAGCAGGAAGGGCUGCUCUCUUCCUUUGCUUUCUCCUCCAUGUUGUGUUAGUGGCAAACUUCCCUCUCUCUCUCAGAACGGCAGUGUCAUAGCUAUUGGCUAUGGCUGGGAUUUGGAAGGGGAAGGUCAUGCUAUUAACACAAUGCCAUUGAUUCAAAAUGCAAUUGCCUCAUCUUUUAUCAUUGUGCCUAUUUUAUUUUUUAGUCAUUUCUUCACCUGUUUUUUUGCCCCUCUGAUAAAUAGCUGCUGAAACCUCAGUUAACAAGGAAUUGGCUUGUACAGACAUGGCUGUUAACGCCUGCACACAUUCACACAUUCUCUUUUCUAAGACUGACCUGUCAGCUACCACCACUUUCUGGCAGUGCACCUUUCAGAAAUUGCAGGCUGGGAGAGAAAAAGAUGCAAGGAAUUGCAUGGAGGAAAAAAACCCCAAAUUCUCUUAAUCUUUUUUCUGGCUAAAGAACAGAUGAUAUGGCACAGCUGCCAGAGGUGGAUGGUAGAUGAGGCCUGGUUGCUGGUGAGAUGUGAUGCUAAAAACACCAGAUCUCUGUCACUUUCAGUUCACAGGGCUGAUGUUGCUGUUCUUUCUUAAACCUCCCUGUUCAAUGGACUUGCCCCUUCAGAGAAGCGGGCACUGAAUGUAGCUAAACCUUGCUGGCCCCCCUGCCCCCGUCUGAGGAGAUCAUUCAGGUGACCACUUUUCAGAGCUUGCCUGCCUUAUCAUAAGUGCAGUUAUUGAAUUAGCUGGGUUCCUGCUUUUACCUUCUCUCUGGGAACAGGUUUUUAAGAUAUUGAAACUCAGCAACUGUAAGCCUGACAUGGGGGGACGAUUCUUUGUAGCCCUCCCUGUUCCCUUGCCCGCUCACAUCCAUUUAGCAAAGAUGUAAAAACACUGUGCAGUGCAUUGUCUGUGGCCAGGUGGAGGAGGCCAGAGGGAUCAAAUUGCCUUCUGGUUAUGUGGUACCACUCCUUUGCAGUCCUUGACAUCAUGUAAAGCAAGAGAGAGCUUUUGGCAGAGCAGCCUGGUUGAUUGCAAGACACUGUCAGGCUUAGAUGGAGUUAAAGCAUUUGCUCUAAAGGCAGUAGUGAAUAUUUGAGACUCUGAGUAACACCUCAAUAAAGUGUAAUGGCCUGAUAAUUAAUUGAUAAAUCACAAUGAAAAUUUCUUUGGAAAUACACAUUGCAUCCACAUGAAUACCACAGUAGCUCGAUAUGAUAAAUGAUGUAAAAGUGAGCACCAAUGAAUUAAUAAUGCUUGGCCACUUACUUUAAACUGCUGCUGAGAUCAUAAUGCAUCUGGUGUUACUUCAGUACUUCAGAGUCUUACUUUCCCCUCCUGUAGACAUCUGUGGAAAGAGGCAGGCUUCCUUUGAAAAGCAAAAAAGUGAUCUGUAGGAAAAGGAAUAGCAAAGAGAAACUCUAGAAUUAAACUUAUACGCUGGACCGCUCAAAAAGCCAAUCACAAGGACUGGUACAGUUAACCAUGCUGAGAAGCAAAUCCAGGCCACAAGCUGAUCCCUGGUGAUUUUUCAGUGUGUUGUGCACAUUAGAAAAAGCAGAGGGUAUCUUCUAAAUUUCCUGGUAUUUAACAUGUAGGAUGUACUUCUUAAUUGUGGGAUGACCUCUUCCUCUGCUUUGGAAGAGAACGAGGGCCUUGCUGUGAGCACAGGUUAUGCUUGUGCUGGCUGCAAGGACCAUUUGUCUUGCCCACAUAUCAUAAAGGAAUGUGAAUGCAGAAGAGAAGCAGCCCCUGUGAAUCCAGGCCCUGAUCCCUCCAGUUCCCUCCAGCCUGGAAGCAUCAUGUUAAGAGAAUGCCAGGCUUCUCCACCACAGAAAGGCACCAUGGGCCCCCUGCUGCUCUCAGCUGCACUGGGCCCAGAGCAGGGCAGUGUGACCUCUCUCAUCAGUGCAGCUGUGGGGCAGCACUGCUCUCUGUUUGUGUGAUGUAGAGGGGAAGCAAAUGGACACCUCUGUCAGGAGUGGGGUUGGACCACCACAGCCCAGGCCUGACCACAGGUGUGUCUCCACACUGGUGCCUUCACAUGUGGGAAGUGCAGCACUCUGCUGGUCUCAUGCCCACUCUCACUAGCGCUUUUCUACUUUUUUUAGCUACAUUUCUAAGUGGAAUUUAAGAAAUACAUAUGCAUAUAAGAAAAUAUAUAUAUUUGUAAACAUUUUUUUAAAAGAUCAUGCGCACACCAAACCAAGCAGCUUUAUGAUGGCCUCAGAACAGUUUCUUUUCCAAAGGGCAGGUGCUGGGGGCAAGGAGAGGCUGCCUCUCUACAAGUGUGGCAAAUGGGGCCACUCUUCCACCUCCUUUCCUUCUCCUCCUGCACAUAACUCUGAUCAGUGACUAAUAGGACAGGGACAAGCUAUUCUUAAGCUGUCCCAGAAUUCUUCAGUCUAUGAAUGACAUUUGAUGCCAUGAAUGGUGAUUGAUAAAGUUUUGAUGUUAGGUAUUUGCUUUUCUGAAUACCAGGUCUUACCACUGUUUUGAUAAGCAACAUGUUUUCUUUCAUUUUCUCCUCUCCAAAAGUGAGCAGGAGAGAGAAAUGAGAUGCAGAAAGGCUGAACUGGUGGCAUGUCUGCAUCUCACCCAGUUGUAUGUGAAUUUUGUUCAGGAAUAACCCUUAGCUAUGUCAGUGCUUAUCACUGACACUGUAUAUGUGCAGCUCUGAGACAGGCUGGAAAAUACAAAAAGGCACUGGAGUCCCCUUUAACACCUAUUCCUGUGCUGCAGCUCUUGCCCUGAUCACUUAGCUCCAGGUCCUGUACCUUGCUCAAGCCUGCUGCCACUCCCACAAGGAACGGAGGCAGAGGGAGCCAGGAACACGCUUUGUCUGGCAGGAUGGUCCAAGUCAAGACCACAACCUCUGACAAAUGCCAUGUGCCAUUUUUAGAUCUACCUCACCUGCACAUCUAACUGGGUGUUUUGUUACUUGGUGUCCUUUUGUGGGAAAAGAAAUUUUUAAAGUGCUUAAUAAUGCUUAAUGUUGUCAUUCUGCAUAACCAGGUCUUCUUUAAUCCUACACUCCAACCCCAUCCUAUCCAGAGGAAUGCUGUGAGUGCGACAGCCUGUACUGCAGGCCAGGGCCAUGCCUGCUUCCCCAGCCAGGCAAUUGUUGAGCUCCCAAGAGCAGUGUUGAGGUUCCCACUGGAUCCACAGGGGUGCAGUUUAACAUACCAAAGACCUACAAGUGGGGAUGCUGAAAAGGGCAACAUUUUGUCAUUAAGCAAUCCCUGCUGAGCAUGUCUGCCUGUGGCUUCUUGGAACAUAAGGACACCUCUAACAGCCCUGGCACUCCCAGUGCUGCUCUGGGGUUGCCUUGCUGCAGCACAUUUUGCAGGGUGGGCUCCUGCCCACAGAGCCUGGUUACCAGAACUCUCCUUGGGAGGGGAGGGCUCGGCACAGGAGCGGCCUUGCGCACCCAGUGACUCUGUGGUGGCUGCAAGGAGUGCACUGUGCAAGUGGACACCUCCUUGUAGGUGUGAAUAAUUGCUAAAGGGGUGGGCUUCAGCCAGCAUCCUGACAGAUGCAAAACAAGCCACCAAGGUCUCCAUUCUCUGGGAGAAAUACAUUCCCAUCUGCUCAUUGGAACAGCCAAUGGGGCAGGGGCUUUGGCUGUGCUUUGGUGUCACUUUCUUCUCCCUCAGGGCAUGGUGGGGUUGAAUGUAGGAUGGGGACACCCUGUAAAUAUGGAGAGUUAAAAGGCAGGAUCAGAAGAAGCCUCUGUUUGCCUUUGGGGGAGCUUUUCCCAUAUAAAAUGUGCCUGUCUCUUCUUUAAGCUAGUCAGUAGCAGGGGUAGAAAGGAUGGGGAUAAGGAAGAAAUGUGGCAGCUGUUGGCCAAGCCCCACUGUGUUGGGACAGGUGCUUUCAGUCAAGGACAUGAUGAGAGUUUGAAGCUUUUCUGAACCAAGCACUCCCUACUUUAUACCUGUUGAACUCCACUCUUGUGACAGACUUGUUGCUGCAGCUUUCUGCCGCUGUAUGUACAGUGUCUAUCCAUCACCAUCUCACAUCCCCCACUGGGGGAUGGUGCUGUUUAGUUGCUAAUACCAGUUUUACACCAAAAAUUCUCUUUUGGAGCCAGGAGGGCUUUUGAAGCCAGUGCCAGAUUUGGCCUUGUGUGGAAGAGAAGUGGAGGGGGGAAAAUGCCAGGGCUCAAGAACAGGGGUUUUCCCUCUGCAGCAGCCAAGGCCAGCAGGUGGGAGAGGGCCAGCCCUUCCCUGCGGGCUGGGAGCUGCCAGGGGCAGCGGGGUUGAAGCGUGUCUUGAGUAGAUGCUGGCACAGCUCUACACUCAGGACAGGCCACCCCUUGCAGCCUUAGCUUCAUUUGUGGUGAUGCUUAAUCGAGCCCUCCCCAACAUUUAUUUGACACACUGUUUGCUGGCCAAAGUUUUCAUACAUAAAUCAGUUUGGAGUCCAGGACUCCGUGGUGUUGCCUGUGAUAACUGUGAAGCGCUUCUGUGUCAUUGGCCAAAAAGCUGCUGGGCUUUCAGUGUUUUGCUGCCCUGCUCAGCCCUGCUGAGAUGGUGAUGAGAUGCUGUCCCCCUUCCCUCUGCUGUGGCAUCCCUGUGUGUGCUGCCCAAUCAUCCCAACUGCUCCCAAGUUUUUUGUUAUGCAAUAAAAAGCUUCACCCUGAUGGGCUGCAGAGCGUUGUAUGGCCAUGGGAUGGGUGGGUACAGGCUGCCUUUGGGAAUUGUCACAAAUAAAAGCCAAUGCUCUCAAAUGCAUUGCCAGGGCAGGGCUGGGGGAGGACUGGGCAGGGAAUUAAACUGGGCAAAUUAUGUCCCUAGGAAAGCUCUCUCCCCUUCAGUCAUAAAAGACAAAACACACAUUUGCAAUUGGCACUGUUAUUUUAUUAGUACGAGUAUACUGAAACAAUAAACUUGUACUGGUAUACAGACAAUUUCUUUAAAACAAUUUUGUUCAAAUUUUGAAUCAAACAUUGUUUUAUUAUAAUAAUGAAAUAAUUUCUACCUAGAAAACCUGCAAGCACCAUCAAAGAAAGGGACCAUAAAAUUCAAUAAACAGACGCGAGUGUAUCCUACAAAUAGACACACCACCAUUAGAAAAUAGAAUAUGAAUUCUUCCAUUUUUUUUAAUAUUUGUUUUAAAAAAGCUAGUGCAAGUACAAUAUUUUACACUGGAAUUACAGAGAGUAUGCACGCAUAUGGAAAAAAGUUCUCCUGUCACAAUAAAAGCUCUUAACUAUGUCUGUAUGCACUUAAAAUCUUCUCCUCUUUUCAAUAAGGUGCAAAACGUUAUUCCCUCCCUAUUUUCUCCUUUGUACUGGCCAUGUCAGCUCAAUUUCUCCCCAACACAAAGCUGCGAUAUCCCUUUUACUGGGCCUACACUAGGAACUACACUGGAAGUGUGAUUUGCAACAACCCUCAUUAGUAAUACUAGACAAUUUAAAAAAAAAAUUACUUUAAAAACUACUGAUGUCUAAUGGCUGGACCUGACCCCGGCUCGGCCAAGCGCCGCUGCCAGCUGCUGCCGGGAGCGGUGACAUAGCUAGUACAAAAUGGAUUUCAGUAGCUCACCCAAACUGAAAAAGGUUGGGAAAUUCCCCCACCCCCACUUUUGUAACACUGCGAAAAGAACAGUGUUCAACAAGUUAAUACAUUAUUAAAAAAAAAAAGGAGCAAAUACAUACAUUAGUGAGUUUCAACAUUAGCUGACUGUCGUGAAGAGUUGCAUCUAUGCCUUACCAGAUUAGUAACUUCGCAAAGCGCCUGGCCAUCCGAGCCACCUGCGGCCACCCCCGGCCCGUUUUUGCCCUCAGCUGCCCAGAUCCAAACCCAGUGGACUGGAACAAGAAUUCUGCAGAGCUUGUUCAACGGGAGAGUACCUGGGCCCUGGACUUUUAAAGCAAAUGCCAGGGUGGAAUCUCCUCGCCAGCAGGUGUGAAGGGGCAGACCCGCACUGCCGGCAGAGCCAGUGGUCCCACCCUGGCUCCACCCCGGCUGGGGAUCUGGGCCCUGAAGUUUCUGCCCAUCACCAGUCUCGUAGUACAGCAAGGACAGCUUCAACAAGUGACUCCGCUCGCUGCAAACAACACUUCCAAUGCACACCUACUGCGUGAUCGAGGGAAAGGGCACAGGAGCUUUAACUGCUCAAAAUAGAAACUAACAAAAAAGAAACAACCUUGGAUGAAGCCUCCAAAAAAUCCUCAGUGGAAGACUUGCGUCCUUUCAGCUAACAACAAGAAAAAACCUACAGAACCCUUAGAGACAGUUAUUGUAUAAAUACUACCUGUUGGCUGAAUGCACUUCACCGUGACACAACUGGGGCCGGUUUCUAAGUGCCCGGGGGUCACUUGCACAGGGCGAGUGUUCCCCUCCCCUGUGCCUGUGGGAGCCAAAGAUUGGGUCACCUCCAGGGAGGGGGAUGGGAGCAGCUGGAAACUUUGCCCUCUCCACCCUGCCCACCAGCUCCCAACUGCCCAGCUCAAUCUUUGGACAGGAAAAGGAUCCUCUCUUCAGAAACUGCUUCAGGAUCCUCUCCUUUUGGCUUCUGAAAAACAUCAGUCUUGCCAUUGGUCAAGACCGUCACUGGAACCGUGUGACCAGCUGCUCCUGGCAGCAGCGGUGGGAGAAAGGGGCAGUGACUGGGGCAGGAGGGCCGGGUCUCCUCAGGUACCAUUCUGCUGCUAGUGCUGGGCAAGGAUACCUUAUUACAAGCACUUCUAGCUCAGGGUUGUACUCUUUGGAUUUCAUCUGGACCAGGAAGUGCUGAAAAAAACUGGAACAGCAUCCCCAGAGAGAGAAAAAAAUGGGACCAAAAGGUCUCAGGUGGAAACUACGCAGGUUGUGCUCAGGCGGCAGCAGCUCUCAGCCCGAGGGCUGCCAGCACCAGCAGGGUCCCCACACCCGGGCCUGCCCAGGGCACGGCCAAGGCUCCCUCGGAACCAGCCUUGACCUCUGGGCUGCCAGGGGCUCCCUCAGCACAGGCGGAACAGACUUAAAGCCAAAAUACAACUGGAGAGGGAGACUCUCGUUUUGCACAGUAGCCACCCUUCGAAGUGCCCGGUAGCUGCACUCAGGAAUUGCUGCUCCAAGGUGUAUUUUCAGCACAGGAGUUAACAGCAUGACUCCAUUCCCCAGAAAUGGGACCCAUGUAAUACGAACAGAAAAUUAAGCACAGUUGUUCUUUAAGAGCCUUUUAAGUAAUAAUUCUUCCUGGCCAGAGCCAAUACAAAUCAGAUCAUCUAGACAUGACAUUUUCUAUAUACAAAAAACAUGUAACUUUCAACCUUUCUCUGCUUUUGUAUUUAAAAACUUUUUUUUUUUACAAACAAGGUAUGAAACUCACUGUUCAAACAGAGCCAUCUCUUUUUCAAACACUGAAUGAAUCAUUCCAACAUUCAUUUUUCUUUUGUGCAAUUUUUUAAAACAUUACCUGUACUCCUCAAUGUGAGUGCUUCAAAAAAAGUUUCUAUUUUUUAUAAGCUUCUCAAAUUAGGUUUACAUCAAAAAAUAUUCCCACAAGGUAUAGUGCUACAAGAAAAGAUCCUAUCAGUAAAGGUAACACAUCUGAAGCGAGGUCGUCUAUGUAAAAGAAAUUGAACUCUGGAGUAGAGGUGUGCAACGCGUUUGGAAUUUCCCUAUGGGCACAAAGCAAGGCUGUCCUCAGGACAGGGAAUCAAGUGGACAUGUAGGCAUACACAUAAAAAAAUGCACACAUAACUUCUUUGUGUGCAAACAGACACUUCUGCCUGGGGGUGUGUGUGCACAUAUGCAUAUCUGCUUCAACAAAUUCUCAUUUUGCUAUGUAUUACAGGAUUUGGGAGAGUGGGAGGGUUGGAAAAACCAGAGAAAAGGAAAUUACUGCCUCCACUCUGGUGGCAUGUUCCCCUUGCUUUUCACAUCAACACUGGCCAGAGCUCACAGUGGACUCUGCUGCUACCUGUGAUGAUGGGGAGGGAAGAAAUGGAAACUGUACGAGUGCAUAUCUCAUUCUGCCAUUUGUCAAGUUUCAAUGGGCCAAAUCCCCUCUACCUGCCCAAGGCUUCUGCCCUGGUCAACCCCAACAUUUUUCCAACUGCCCAGUUAAGGCCAGGAUCCGGCCCUGAUUGAACCACGCUUCAGUUCCACAAAGAUUUAUGCAUGUGCUUUACAGCAAGCCCCUGAGCAGCCUUUGCUGGCCAGCCCAGACCUCCCAUGCACACACGUAUAAGCUUUUGCAGAACUGUGUCCCAUGACAUGCAGAGCAUUGCACCAAGAGCCACUCUGAAACAACACUAUUAGUGUUUAAAAAGAUUGAGAAUUCGCUCUCCUUGACGUAGGCUUUUUUUUUUUUAAGUAGUUG